AUGAGACGCACCUUAUCUGAAGGUGUCGGGAAUGAAGACCCCAGGGACGUCGAAAUGCUAGAAACCGCGCCCUCGACAUCGCAACGCCCUCGCCCGGGUGUGAACCCGCUGGACAUAGAAAAAUGCGAUGCAGGGCUGCACAAACGGCUCUUCAAGUGCAUAGACGAUGACAGCAAGGACGCGAGCCAUGGCGGGCUCAAAGAAAGACGAGAUGAAGUGCUGCUCGUGCUUCGCAACGCUGUCAAUAUACGAUACGACGGAGUGUUAAAAAGAUGCCUCCAUGACAGCGACGAGCAAUUUAUGGGCCACAUCGCGAAUGUCAAGCUUGCUGUCCACUGUCUGCAAUUUGCCCACAAUGUUGUGCCCGUUGAACCAGAGUUUAUACGCUGGAUGGUGUGGAAGUUUCAACUGGCGCUUACGCAUCCUAAAAUUGUGAUCAAAAUGGGCAAAGCACUCAUGGAAGGCAUAAACGUGCUUCUGCGCGCGCUCAGCGUGGAAAAUCGAAAAAUCUUCAUCACGAAGUACGUGAUCGAUCCGCUGGCUGAUAUCGUGUUUUGUGAGGACGAUUCAAGCGUGGCCCUGAAAUUUGGAGAAAACACUUACGAGGUCGCUUUCACGGUCUGCGGUAUCGACGGUACCUCGACAAUGGCCGCCCUAUCGUUGAUUGAAACGUUCCGGGCCGGGAUACUUAGCGGCAACGAUGUCUCUCACAUUGACGAUACACGUCUCACCAAAAUUUGGUGCUGCCUGAUCAAAAUCUACACCGGCACCACAUUCGUUCCCCACGAUCCCAAGCUCAGCGAGGUAGCCGUGCUGUGUAUGGAAAGCAUGCUCAACAAGAGUCUAUGCCGACAAUGGCUACUCUUCCCUGCGUUCGACGCUCUCAUUGGACGCUAUACUAUACUCGUUAAAGAAGGCGAAAAACCGCCUUUGACAGCCGCAACUGCGUCUUCUGCACUCAAGGCUUUCGCCGUGGCCGUGCUGCAGAGCGACUCCAAGUUUUACGAAGAGCUUGGAAUUGGCGAGGUCAUACGAUGGGGCUUCAGAUAUGCAAAGCUAGCCGAGUUAUUGCUCCAAAAGGCGGCUGGCCAGCCGGAAGUUGAUGCGGCGUUUUUCGGACUGAAAGCUGUGCUGAUGCUGCUGUUGCCUGUUUUUGACCUGGAGCUAUUGAAUGAGGACCGCGAGGCUUUUGAAGAACUGGAAAAGCAAAUCAAGGUGCUUUCUACACGGCUGAUCAACCUCGUCACGGACACGAUCCCACCGCUAGUCUCCGGCUAUUUGAAGGAAUUGCUCUCGAUGCUCCUGAUGAAGGAUCGAAUUGCCGGCAUUAGCCACAACGCUACUUGGAUUCGAAAAAGUUAUUCCGUUAUUGAAAGUCGGCUUCGAGCCGCGUCGAAAUAUGAAGAGCUGCUUUGUCUGAGGUCCGCACUCGCAGUGGCACUGAAAUGUAAGGAUGCCGAAGUGUUGGAGCGCGAUUUUUUGCCCAAAAAGCAUAUGGUGGAAGAGUGGAUCGAUAUCGCAACCACGAAAAUGUCGCCCGCUGAUGGUGAGCGCAUGCUAACGACAAUGUUCGGCUAUAUUGCUGGGCUUUCCAAAGAGUCGCAGGCUGAUGAAUGUGCCUCAUUGGCGUUGCUAUCAAUUCCGUGGCUCAAGGUGAUCGACAUCUCGAUGGAGGAUCGUUACAAGCGUUCGCUUCCAAUUCUCAAGGAAAUAGCCCAGCUAUCGCGAAAAUGCCGCAAACUAUUGAACGCGGAAACGAUGAAGCUGACGCUUCGUGCUAUCUGCGAAACGGAUUGUGAUGGGUGGUCAACGUGGAGGAAGCAUAUUUACAAAAAUGCCAUCGAAUCUACUGACCCCUCCAUUGUAUCAGCCGCACUGGAAUCUUUCCCAUACUUCUUGGCUUCGAUGAAGCCCACCUUCCACGCGGCCCUCUAUCAGAACGCCCUGGAGACAAUCCCCAGCGAAUUGGUAGACUACGCAGCAGCUGAUGCAGCCAUCAAAGUUAUGGAAGCGGUUUGGCGAGGCAUCUGUGUGGGCGACGCAGAACACCCGGGUCAAAAUUGGGAGAAAUGCGAGCAUUGCGACACGAUGAGGAAAAGCGGAAAAUACGAGCCGUCCGUGGAAAUACCGAUACAGCUUUUCGAAGUGCUCUCCAAGAUUUUCACUGAUGCCCGACUGCAGAAAAAUGAAAACCACUUGAUUCGUUUGAGAAGGGAAGCUUGCAAUAUCCUCUCUUGCUGUUUGGCGCAUGGUAUCAAGGUGGGAUUGCCUUUUAUGCAGCUCAGCCUCGCCAUGAUCAACGAUAUCGAUGAAGAAGUUCAUAUUGAUUACAGGACUUGCUUCCAAAUGAUUGUCGUAAGCUUGGCCGAUGGCCCCGAGACGGACGGAUUCCAAGAAGAGUUUUUCAAGCGCGUGGCCGUUCCAGAUGCGGAUUUUCACGACAUACCGUACAGCAAACGGUACAGACCAACAACGCCAUUCAUUCGCACGGCAGCCCUCUACGCAUCAAAGGCCAGUCUGGCCGAACGCAGUUAUAUGCUAAUGAUGAAGAGAUGGAUGAAGCUGGACGACGAUUCCCCGGAAGCGACGGAAAUGGACAUGGCCGUUCGUGAAAUGAUCAAGGGAUGUGCUGCCAAGGUUGGCAUCUCGCCCACCGUCUACUUUGCGAGGAAUUCGAGGAAAAUUUGCGCUCCCAUGGCUGCUCAGUUGCGGAUGAUUGCCUUCACUUCCAGGAUUUCCUAUUCGCAGAACCAGAACCUGAAUCCCGCCCAAAUGGAAAAGAAGGCGAAAGAAGACGUCGACAUGUUAUUGGAGAAUACUUCGGACAUGUUCGAAUUUGAGAACACGAAAUCCUUCUUGCUAAAGGCGUCUGCGAAAAUUGCGGCCGAUUUGGUGCUCGACUACCUACCCGGCCAAUACGAAAAGGGAGAUGUCUUCCUGUGCUUGCAACGAUUGGUGCGUGGCGUUGACCGGCAUAAAGUUGACUUCUUGACCGAGAUCUUUCCAAACAUCAUCGAGGGCAUGAUAUCGCCGAAUUACAAGCACGGCUUCAGCCGCACCGUCAUCCGGCUCCGCGAAUUCUAUAAGGAAUUUGCGAAUGUGGAUCUGGAUGACGCUUGGAAGCAGAAGCGGUUUCACGUCAUCUAUGCCUAUCUGCGCUGUUUAACCUACGACCCUGACAAGGUAAUGCACCGCUUGUCCCGCGCACUUCCCGAAGGCCAUCCGGCCGAAAAGGAGACGGCUAGGUCGAUAACAGAGGUACUGCGCUUCAACUGCGAAUAUAUGGGCUUCCUGCUGUGCUUUCGGCGCCACCUGGUCGAUGACGACAAUUUCGAAAUACGCGACGUUCUGCUCGACUCUUUGCAAUUCAUUGUCACCCAUCUCGACCAGAACUUCCUGGACACGAUUGCCAUCAAAUUCCUGAUCCUGCUUCGUGCCAUAUCCGAUACGCUCGGGAAACGCUGUGUGCCGCUGUGGUGCGCAUUUGCCACGUCGAUUAGCUCAAAACGCCGCGGCCAACUGUUGCCUCAAAUCCUGAUCGCCAUCGAGCCACUGUGCGCCGAAGAAGACUCGAAAAUCCUGCAUGUUCUCUUCAAUCAGUCGAGCUAUGAUAGCAACGAAGGCGGAAGCAUCCGGCGGACAGCCCGUGUCAUUUCAUGGCAUGAUAGUGCGGACAGUACCCCGCUGAGCAAGUACUUGCGGAGGCAAUUUGGCCCGAUUGAGUUCAGCAACGAGAUCGUGGAAGAUGCCAUCAAAAUGCUGGAAGAGCAUUGUGACGUCGUGGGCCGCGUUGUGCUGCAGCGCCUGAUCGCCAACCUAGAUGGUAGCCCCCUCGAAGAAAAGACCGCCGGACUGCUCGGCCAGGUGCUCCUCAGCACGAUACGCCACUGCGGUCAAGCCGAUGUCCGCGAGCUGGCAGUGCGGUGCCUCGGAAGAAUGUGUGCCGUAGACCCGGGUCGUGUCGGCCUCUCGCUGGCCCACAGGAUGGUCAACCGGUCAAACAAGGUGGACGAGCUCGUCUUCCCUGAUAGCGGAGGCGACGGGUUCCAGCUGUACGUCUUGGAGCGGAGCUAUUCGCUUUAUGCUGCGGUUAGCGAUGCUGAGCAGGCGAACCAAGUCGAAUAUUCCCUCCAAGGGCUUCUGCAAACAAUGCACGGAUCUCAGUUGCUGCCAAAAAUCAGCUCCGAACAAUGCCGGAUGGAUCUGGAGCCGCUGCUCACCUCAAAGCUAGCCCUGGCCACGCGCGAGCCGUAUCCGACCAGCAAUCGACCGAUUGUCCAACACUACAAUAACUAUUCGGAGUGGAUGCUGCGAUUUUUUUGCAGUGGACAGGCGCAGAUCCGGAUGCGGCCUUUUGACGAAAUUUUCCGCCAUCUCGCCACGAUCGUCACCCUGCGCGACGUGUCCUUCAUGCGCGAGAUGCUGAUCCACGUGCUGAUCCAGCUGAUCGUCGAAGACAACAAGGAAUAUAUCGGCUACUUUGCCGAAGAGAUGCAAGCAUGCAUGGAGGCUGCCCUCGUCAACAGCGGCUGGCAACGGCUGGCCGCGACGGCCGUCUUCUCCCUCAUGGAUGCGCUGGAAAUAUAUGUGGCUCGGAACCCGAAAAGCAAGGAAGGGCAGCGUGCCGCCGAGGUACUCAACAAAACCUUCGCCAUACAAACAGCCGAAGGAAUCACGCUGGCGGUCCUGGCAGCAGAAAAAUGUGGCUGCCUCUUGCGGGCACUCCGAUGGUGCGAACAAGUGGCGAUUGGAGGCGGCAAGGCCUCUCAAAACGGCCCGGAGAAGAAGCGCGUCCCGUUCUACGUGUUGGAACGCAUCUAUGCCCAGAUUGAGGAUGUCGAUGGUGUCCAGGGCGCCUGGGAGACGAUUCGGAAGUCGGUGGACGGAACGGCCGACGAGCAGAUUUUGGCGUUGGAGGCUAUCGGCGACUACAAUCGCGCCUUGCCCUUGUAUGAACAGUGCACCGAAAACAAGGAGCCACGGCUGCUGAAGGCGUUGAUUCGUCUGAACCAGUCACAGCUGGCCCUGCCGACUGCAGAAGCGCUAUAUCAGGAGUACGCUGACCAGGAUGUCGCUCCUUCUCUGAAACGGGCUAUUGAAGACCUACAAAUUGAGGCCACCUGGCAUCUGCACAAAUGGGACAAGCUUGGCCAACUCAUCGAGGAUUUCAAGCCGAACUCCUCCUCCCGAGAGACCUCCUGGGGAGCGUCCUGCGCCUCCGUUUUGCACGCCGUUCGCAAGAAGGAUCCCGAUUUGAUCCAGGCCGGCAUCACGGCAAGCCGAAAUCGCGUCACCGAUCGCCUGAUGGGGACAACGCUCGAGGAUUCCGAUUCGUAUGCUCAAUCCUACAAACACAUCACCGAGCUGCACAUCCUGGACGAGAUCGAGGAGUUCACACGCUGCCCAUCUACCCCCUUCAACAUUGACAAGAUCAUGCAGAAAUGGGAAGCCCGUUCCGAGCUGGUCGUCCAGGACAUGAACGUCCUCGAGCCGAUCCUCAGCGUUCGCCGCGAACUUUUGGCCAAUGAGCAGAACGCGGAGUCGACGUGCCGGUUGCUACUGCAAAGCUCCCGCCUCGCCCGCCAGGCCGGGCAACUCCAGAUCUCCUGGACGUACUUGUCGGCCGCGCAGAGUUUCGACGUAUGCAAAUUUGAAACGGGCAUCGAAGAGGCGCGGUACCUUUUCCAAAUGAAUGCGGCCCCUGCUUCAAUCUCGCUGUUGACGAAAAUGCUUGAAGGCGAAGGCUUUUACGAGAUGAAUCAGCUUUUUGAGAAACUAAAGUCGGCUCGUGACUCGCAAAGCCGUGAGGCUGCCGCUGUGUUUGUGGAGUUCCCGGAAGAAAAGCGAAGACAGUACAGUGAACUUCAACUGCUCGCCGCCGAAUACAAGCAGAAGGCCGGCACCCGCGACCAUAACGACCUCUAUCCCAUCUACAAAAAUUUGCCGGCCCUUGACAUCAAGAGCGAGGACCUCUUUUAUAGGAUUGCUGUCUUCUACGACGCGAACUUCGAGAAAACGGUAGAGAUGGGCAGCAAAAACGCCGACGAGUUGGUGAAAAUCGUUUUGACGCACUACAUCACCGUGCUGCACCAUGGUAGCCAACAUGCUGUCCACGUGAUGCCCCGCAUUUUGACCAUCUGGCUUGACUACACGGAAACGAAGCAACGAAAGCUGGUCAACGAACGGAAUGGCGUCCAGCGUGAGGCCACGCGGUUGACAAUUGAAGCGGUUUGUAACAUCGUGCAAAAUGCCUAUGCUCAAUUGAAUCCGCUGCACUUCUUCCAAUGCUUCAACCAACUGCUCACGCGGAUCUGCCACCCGUCUGAGACUGUCUUCGACUUGAUCAAGGAAAUCCUCUCCGAUCUGAUCCUGAAAUACCCACAUCAAUGCAUAUGGCACUCGAUCUCCCUGUUCCGGCCGGACAACGAGGUGAAGGUCGCCUUCAGGUCGUCGGGCAACAGUAUCGUCGAGAAGGAGAAGUUCGCCGCGUUACGAUUGAGGCUGGCCAGAAUCCAUCGCGUUUACGAAGUGGUGAUGACGAACGAUCCACGAAUGGGUGAUAUGAUUGAUCAGUAUGACUAUGUCGCCGGAUUGAUGCUGGAGCUCGCCAAUAAGAACAUCCGGAAUGGCAAGCAAAAGAUGGCGGACAAUGCACGUGAGCUCUACGAGUUCUUUGCUACGGGAAAAAUGUACACAGAGUCUAGAACGCGCGACUGGGUGAAGAAUGGGAAGCUCGACGUUCGCGUUGCAACGCCCCGGAAUAAGGCCCCCGUUAUUAUGCAUAAAAAGAUGGAGAUUAUGAUUCCCUACAGCGAUCUGAUGCUGCGCGCAGUCCAUUUUGUUGAGCACAAGACAGCAAGCUUCUCACAAUGCAUCGGGCCCGGUCCUUCGGCCGGUAUCGACGACCUGAACGAGUCUAGUAUGGCGCAGGAAGUCUUCAUCCAGGGCUUCGCCGAGGACCUUUAUGUCUUUUCGUCACUGGUCAAGCCAAAGAAGUUCACGAUCCGCGGGCGUGAUGGGAAAAACUAUGAAGUGAUGGUGAAGGGCGGCGACGAUGAGCUGCGCAAGGACGGUCGUUUCAAUGACGUUAACCGAAUGAUGAACAGCCUGAUGAGGCGAAAUCCGGCUGCCCGACGUCGUCAGCUCAACGUCAAGACCUAUUCGGCGAUACCCUUGGCUGGGAAGGGCGGUAUCAUGGAAUUUCUACCGCAUCUCGACUCGUACCGCUCCGUCGUGACGACGUUGGCCAAGGAAAAACCUCGGGUGCCUGCUGCUCCCGUGCACAACUUCGACCAUUUUUCACGUAUGCCCGAUCAGAAUCGCAUCGAUAUUCUGCGGCGCCAAUAUUAUCCGGCCUACCCAUUAGUGAUGGCCGAGUGGCUUAGAAAAACCUUCGCCGACCCGUGUUCCUGGCACUCUGCCCGCUUGGCGUAUGCUCGUUCGGCGGCCGUAAUGAGCAUGAUCGGCUUCGUGAUGGGGCUCGGCGACCGCCACGCCGAAAAUAUGAUGCUGGAUACGGUGGACGGGAUGGUGGUGCACGUGGACCUUCAGCUCAUCUUCAACAAGGGCGAAGAGCUGCCCGUCCCGGAGUGUGUUCCUUUCCGCCUCACCCGAAAUAUGGUCGACGGCUUCGGCCCAACUGGCGUGGAGGGCGCUUUCCGCAAAAGUUGCGAGACGACGAUGAGUGAAACGCUGCUGACGCUCAUCUCAACAUUCCUGCACGAUCCCCUGCUUGAAUUCUACAAGGCAGCCGAGAAGGAGCGACGUGAAGGCACCCGCCAAAUUAUGGCCGUCGAUGCUGAAAAGAUGACGAGCGCCGCCAAGGAGCAGUACGCGAAGAAAAGUGUGACGCUGAUCAAGCGCCGGCUGGAGGGGCACAUUGUCUCCGGGAAACGUGAAUCGCAUGCCGCUCCAAUGAUCGUCGAGGGCCAAGUCGAUCGACUCAUCGAAAUGGCCACCGAUGAGCUGGCCCUUUCUAGGAUGUGGCUUGGUUGGGCUGCGUAUUUG